CUUACGGCCCAAUUCAGGUCGCAGUCUUCGCGACAGGGCCCAAUUCAGAAAGUAAAACAAAAUCGAUUGGCCUGGACGCGCCUGUUGAACUUGGAGGGGCAUUUCAUCGAACGCCAUUCGCGCAUCGCUCUCCCCGAGCGCCCCAUUCGUUACGUUACGUUACGUGCGAGAUGAAUCAGAGAAUUUGCUCUUUGUUUAUACUGGAGUUAUGCGAUGUGAUCCUGAUCCAGGCUCAGUUCGACCUAGGCCCUGCUUAUCUUUGCUUGUGGGUCGUUGUCGCCGUCUUUGGUUUCGCUAGGAGAAGCAUCUCUCUUUCUUGCGUAGGUAAUCAACCAUCAUAUUUUUUUUCUUUUCUGACUUGAUUAUGUGCAACGCGACUGAUGCGAAUGGGAUGAGUUCCUUUCGAUGUUUUCUCUAAGCUCUGAAACUUGGACUUUGCAACAAAUGGUUGGGGCGCAGAUGAGCUGUUUGACGAAAUGCCCAGUAGAUUCCUGCGUGCGGUUGCAUGCCCAGCACCGGCCAGCACCUGUUUGACUCUAUUUUUUCCUUCGAGAACUCUGCUCCAGUGCUUCCAGGCUUCUUAGGUGGUAAACAGGAAAAGAAAGUAAAGCACCAAGUGGCUCCUUUGCUGCAAUAAAAUCAAAUUAUUAUUGUCAAGGGGAUGAAAGGAAAAGAAUACACAGCCUGGAAGAGCUUUCAACUUGAAUCGCCUUGCAAUUUUGUAACACUACUUGCCCUUUUUCACAUUGCAUCAUCGUUGAAACAUUUAGAUUUGAAUACAAAAAUCUUUAUGGGCAGAUUCUGCCUCAAAAAGUACUUUCAUACUAUUUUAAUUUUUUUUUCAGGUUUUUCAGACGUUUUGCAAUAGAGAAUGUCAAUGUCUGUUGGGACAAAGGCAGUUGGUGGCAAGAAAGGGAGGAGAAUCUAUAACAGCUCUCCUCUGCAAUCUGCAUUGCCCUCUCCGUUCUCAUCAGGCUUUAGCCACACUGCUUCAAUAUCUCUUUCCAUCUUCCGUAUUUAAGUGAUCUGCAGCUCUGUGAGAUAUCUGUUCUGGGAUCUGCAGUUUCAAGCAUCUCCCAUUGGAGAGAUCCAGCGGGAAUCCCGGUUCUAGCACUAUGGGCACAGUUUUGGAUGCUCUCGCUUGGAAAUUCUUGGAAAAGCUGGGUCAGCUUAUUGAGGAUGAGGUUAUCAUGACAUUAAGUGUGAAAAGGGGUAUUGAGAGCCUGAAGAAAAAUCUGGAAUUCUUCAACGCUGUUCGUGAGGAUGCUGAGGCUCUGGCCAUGGAGGAUCCAGGGAUAGAUUCAUGGUGGAAGAACAUGAGAAAUGUUAUGUUUGAUGUCGAUGACAUCGUGGAUCUUUUCAUGGUUCAUUCACAGAAGUUUUUGCUGCCACCAAGGCCGGUAUGUUGCAAUCAGCCCUUGUUCUCUAGCUUUGCAAAGUUUUCAUUUGAUCACAGGAUUGCCAAAAGAAUCGAUAAUAUAAAUGAAAAGUUUGAAGAAAUUAAAAUGAACAAAGAGAUGUUUGGCUUCGAGAGAACCAACCGGCAACAAGUCCAGAUAACAAUUGUUGACAGAAGUCAGACAUCUCCUGUAGAUGAACUUGAGGUUGUUGGAGAAGAUAUCAGAAGGGCUGUUGAUGACAUGGUCAAAAUGAUUGUUAGUAACUACAAUGACAACAGGUCAACUGUUUUUGGGAUCCAGGGGAUGGGAGGCAUCGGUAAGACAACAUUAGCUCAAAAGAUAUACAAUGAACAGAGGAUAAGGGAGAAAUUCCAAGUUCAUAUAUGGUUGUGUAUUUCUCAGAAUUACACAGAGACCAGUUUGUUAAAACAGGCAAUAAGAAUGGCUGGAGGAAUUUGUGAUCAGCUGGAGACUAAGACUGAGCUUCUACCGCUUCUAGUGGACACUAUUAGAGGGAAGAGUGUUUUUCUUGUGCUGGAUGAUGUUUGGAAAUCUGAUGUAUGGAUUGAUCUUCUUCGAUCGCCUUCCGAGAGAGGCUUGAAUUCUCGUAUCCUUGUGACCUCAAGAAACCUGGAUGUUUUGGUCGAAAUGCAUGCAACUUAUACCCACAGGGUAAACAAAAUGAAUGAUUACGAUGGCCUAGAACUGCUGAUGAAGAUGUCAUUAGGGCCAUACGAGCAAAGAAGAGAAUUCAGUGGUGUUGGGUAUCAAAUUGUCAAAAAGUGUGAUGGCCUUCCUCUUGCCAUCAAAGUUGUUGCAGGUGUCCUAUCUAGUAAGAAAACAAAGGCAGAAUGGGAGAGCAUCCGAGAUAGCAAAUGGUCUAUUCAUGGACUUCCCAAAGAACUAGGAGGUCCUCUGUACUUAAGCUACAGCAACUUACCUCCUGAACUUAAGCAAUUCUUUCUCUGGUGUGCUUUGUUACCAUCAAAUUUUGGGAUCCAUCGUGAUGCUGUCGCUUACUGGUGGGUCGCUGAAGGCUUUGUGACGAAAAUGCAUGGGUACUCAAUACAUGAAGCCGCAGAAGAAUACUACCAUGAGCUAAUUAGAAUGAAUCUUCUGCAGCCAAAACCAGAGUUUGUUGACAAAUGGAUGUCAACGAUGCAUGAUCUUUUGAGGUCACUUGGACAAUUUUUGACAAAGGAUCAUUCCUUAUUCAUGAAUAUGGAAAAUAGCAAAACCUUACUGAAUCUACGUCACUUAGUAAUAAGCAAUGAUGUAAAAGAAAUACCUGCUAUAGAAGAGCUGAAGUGCUUGAGGAGCCUCCUAAUUUUUAAUAACAAGAACUUUAAGACAAUUAAUAAGGACAUUUUCAGAGAGCUCAAGCAUAUUCGUGUCUUAGUUCUCAGUGGAACAAGCAUCCAAGUCAUACCAGAGUCGGUGGGAAACUUGUUGCUACUGAGGUUGCUAGAUCUAAGCUAUACAAAAAUCAAAAAACUCCCUGAAUCCAUAGGAAAUCUUACCAGCCUUGAAUACCUUUCUUUGCACUGUUGCAGACAUUUGGAUAGCCUGCCAGCUAGUUUGAUGAGACUGUCCAACAUAAGUUUCCUUGAGCUAGAACAAACUGGAAUCGACCAUGUUCCAAAAGGGAUCGCGAAGUUUCAGAAACUCUACAACCUUAAAGGAGUUUUCGAGAGUGCAUCUGGAUUCAGGCUAGAUGAACUGCAAUGUCUCCCCAACAUCCAACGUCUCCGGAUUGUAAAGCUAGAAAAAGCAACGCCAGGGGGUGCAUUUGUACUCAGGAACAGUCUUCGUCUUCGAGAACUGUGGUUUCGCUGCACAAUGGGAGCUAAUACUCAUGAUAUUACCCACUACCAGAUGAACGAGAUUGAGAGAAUUCAACAAGUCUAUGAGAUGCUAAGUCCAUCAUCAAGCCUAAUUUAUUUAUUUUUUGAGGGGUUUCCUGGUGUAAGGUUCCCAGAUUGGUUGUGCUCAGAACCAGAGUAUAAGAUGCCAAAUUUGGGACAUAUGUACCUCAACGAGUGCAUUUCAUGCUCUGAGCUUCCACCAGCAGGUCAGAUGCCAGAACUACUAAUUCUUCAGAUCAGAUGUGCAGAUGCAGUAGUGAAUAUUGGUUCAGAGCUCCUAGGAAAAGGCGUCAGCAGUGCCACGCAUAUAACUAUUUUCCCAAAGCUCAAAUUGCUUCACAUCAUUGAUAUGAGCAAUUUGGAAAGUUGGUCUCUUAACACAGGGAAUUUGCGUGGUAGAUCUGAACAGCUCGUUCUGAUGCCUUGCCUUAAGCGUCUGUUUCUUAAUGGCUGCCCAAAACUAAGGGCUCUCCCUGAAGACUUGCAUAGGAUUGCUAACUUAAGAAGAAUCCACAUUGAAGGUGCUCACACGCUGCAUGAAAUUGACAACCUUCCUUCAGUGUUAUGGCUCAAGGUCAAGAAUAACAGGUGUUUGAGGAGAAUUUCCAAUCUCUGUAUUCUGCAGGACUUGUUUGCACAGGACUGUCCAGCGCUGGAUCAGGCAGAGAAUCUAAUCUCACUAAAGAGACUCCACAUGGUUGAUUGCCAGAAUGCAAAGCAAUUCAGAAUGUGCCUCCUAGAAGACCAACAACUUGCAGUCGAUGUUGUUACAGUUGGUGCAGAUGGCAGGGAUAUCUUUCCAGAUGAAACUCUCUAUAAUUAGGCAGUGGUAGAGUCAAGAGUGGCGCGCGCCAAGGAAACGGUGGUACUAGUGUACCUGAAAUGUUACAGGAAACAAUUGAAUUUCUGUGGUAACAAGUGGUACUCAAAGUGCAGUCCAGUGGUAAAUGCAGCUUGGUGCAGACCUAACAGCAGGAAGCAACACCGUUUACCGAAAUUAUAGCUUGAAUUCAUCAGCUUGAUCUAAAUGCAAAAAUUGAGAACUUGGUCAGCACUGCCGAAAACUAGAUAUCCCUUCAAGUGAAGUUGCCUUACUCAAGGUUAAGACUAACAUCAAUUUGCCACUGCUGGAGCUGAGAACGGUGGGUGCAAGUGCUGCCUCAAUUGCAGCCAUAGUGUGAUGCUAUCUCCAAGAUUGUUUCAGGCUGAGCAGUCUCUGAGAACUUGUGCAGAUUUCAAAUCCAACGAGUCUCUGAACAUGCCCUUGUCCAGUAGGCUCCUCCGUGUAAAUAUCUUGAGCUGUGGAUGCCCAAACUAUAAGCAGCUAGCAUGACCAAUAGACAUUCCCAGUACUCAAUACAAAUAUUUUGCACAUA